AUGUCGCAUACGGUCGGGUUAGUCGUUCAGGAGAGGGUGGCUCCAACAGCUUCAACACCCGAAACGGACACCAAAGCGCCCCAUCCACGCGGCGUCGAAGCGAUCCAUCGAAGCCGAUAUCCAUUCGCGGCGGAGACCAACGACGACGCGAACGAGUCGAAGUUGGCCGUGAUUGGCUUCUACCCAGCAUUCUCCAGCACCGCCAAGAAAGCCACCGUGGAUCCGGACCUGAAGCUGGCUCCACUUUCGAAGACCGCGGAAUUUGUCUGUCCGUUGCGGCCGGGCUUGGCGCUUAUGCUCUUAGAGCGGGCCGAAGCGUGGGGGACAGAACUGCGCGCCCUGAGCGAUCCGGGAUGCUCCGGCAUCAAUCCUAGCCAUACUGGAGGUCACCGAAAGUUCACCAUUGUAGAGGUAUUGAUCGAUUACUAUCACGUUGUCUCCCGGGGUGCUUCAUCUCUGGAAACCGACGAGUCAGCCAGGUGCUAUAUCUUACAAACCAGCUUCAAAUACCUACUCACAUAAUUUCUACGGUGUGCUCGUGGCGGACUUGACAGCAUCGGCUAUCGAAGGAUUCUGGAUAUACCAUGCAAUGAUCCUUCGAACAAUUCUCUGUCGUGAGCUUCGCUCAUCCUGCGCAUGACCAUAAGUAUUGAUUGGCUCGCUAAGAGCAUUGUCAAGCUUUCGAUAUCACCGUACCGGAUAUUACAUUGAGAACCAAUAGAUUUCUCACUUCUGUAAUAGUUACGACUUCGCGAGACUCGAUGACAAUGUGAGCUGACAAAGUGCUCAUAUUGUCCUGUAAACAGCAACUGCCAAGCCCAGAAUUAUCCCAUGUUGUG